UGGGAUUCGUAGGAGGCGGUGUGGAACGUUAGGCGCCAUCUUGUCUGCUCUUUGUGGCGGUUCUUCUACUCACGGCCUCGGUCUCUGGAGUUUUUUCCCCCGGACAUAUUCGUAGUCAGAAUGGGACGGAAGAAGAAGAAGCAGCUGAAGCCCUGGUGCUGGUACUGCAACAGAGACUUCGAUGAUGAGAAGAUCCUCAUCCAGCACCAGAAGGCCAAGCAUUUCAAAUGCCACAUCUGUCACAAGAAGCUGUACACCGGCCCAGGCCUGGCCAUCCACUGUAUGCAGGUACAUAAGGAGACCAUCGAUGCUGUGCCCAACGCCAUCCCUGGGAGGACAGACAUCGAGCUGGAAAUCUAUGGCAUGGAAGGCAUUCCUGAAAAAGACAUGGAGGAGAGGAGGAGAAUGCUUGAGCAGAAGACACAAGCCGAUGGACAGAAGAAGAAACAGGAUGACUCCGAUUAUGAAGAUGACGAUGAGUCCGGGCCAUCCAGCGCGUUCCCAUCCCAAAUGCAGGCCCAGCAGGGGUACAUGCCCGGUCUGCACGGAUUAGCGGGAGCUCCAGGCAUGCCCCCAGGAAUCCCUCCUCUAAUGCCCACUGUGCCACUGAUGCAUGGGCUCCCGCCCGUCAUGCCCGGGAUGCCUCACGGGAUGUUACAGAUGGGUGGCCUGAUGCAUCACCAUGGCCCGGGAAUCCCCCCUAUGAUGGCUGGUUUGCCUCCAGGUGUGCUACCGCCGAUGGGCCCUCGUCCAGGGAUCCCUGCUGUUACUCAGGCUCAGCCCAUCUCAGCUCCAGGUGUUAGUAGACUUCUACCUCCCAGUACCUCUGCCCAAGCCAUGUCGUCUGUGCCCAAGCCACUAUUCCCCAGUGCUGGACAGAUGGGAUCACCAGUCACCAGUUCCACCUCCUCGUCCUCCGGCUCCGAGGGCCUCUCUGCACCCGCUAAAGUGCUCUUUCCUAGUGCUGCACAAGCUCCAUCGACAGUGGCAGGACCGGUGGGCACAGACUUUAAGCCCUUGAACAGUGCCACAGUUACAACAUCGGAACCUCCUAAACCAACGUUUCCCGCUUACACUCAGUCAACCAUGUCAACCACUAGCACCACAAAUAGCACUGCUGCUAAACCGGCUGCUUCCAUAACAAGUAAGCCCGCUACCCUGAGUACUACUAGUGCUACUAGUAAGUUGAUCCAUCCAGAUGAGGAUAUAUCACUGGAAGAGAAGCGUGCUCAGCAUCUGAAAUACCAGCGUAACCUUCCUCGGCCAGGACAGGCACCCAUGGGAGGUCUUGCAAGCCCUCUUGGAGCUAUGAUGGCACCACAGCCUGGCAUCCCACCUCAGCAGCCUGGCAUGAGGCAUCCAAUGCCCCCUCAUGGUCAGUUUGGGAGCCCGCACCAAGGCAUGCCAGGAUUUCACCCAGGGGCAAUACCUCCCUUUGGACAAGCACCACCUAUGGUCCCACAAUUCCAAGGUGGGCCCCCUCGACCGCUGAUGGGAAUGCGACCUCCUGUCAUGUCUCAAGGUGGCCGCUACUGACCAUGCUGCACGAUAAAUAGGUUUGGAGAUUAACCCUUUCUCACCUUGUGCUGUGUAAAUAGCCACGCUCCAUCUCUCCCCGCAUACCAGGAACUGUUGGACAUUUCUUUUACAUGGGGGAGGGUAUUUUUAUUUCUGGGGAGGGAGAGUUCAGGGACAUGAGAGCGGACACUUUGCUGAUGUCACAAUUUAUACUGUAUGGCUUCUUUCCCAUCUAGGUUUUUAGAAGUGGCGUAUAGUAAAUAUGGUUCGUUUAAUUGUGAAGGCGCCAAAUACCACCACAAGGCAAGUUGUGUGACAUUACUUUGCUGUAUGUAAGGUGACGCCUUCACAGCUCCUCCCAGGGCUGUUGGACCCCUGGUCCCCAACUAUGGUUGGUGAGGGCAGUAUCAGUUUGUUGUAUCUGGAUAUCCUCCGACCUCUGUAUUCACUUGCGCAUUAUGUAAUAAAACGAGAGAAACCCUUCUGACUUCUUAUUAAUUGCCGGAGCUGCUCCAAGGUUUGUACAGUUGCAUGUUCCACGCAGACGCUGCUCCUCGUCUACCAAGUAACGGGCUGCUUGCAUGGAGUGUGUCCCCUCUAGCUGCACCUGUACUAACCUGCGUCCAGAGCGAUUGCCUUCACGUCCUGCUUUACAGAUCCAGCUAGGGGCAUCUGUGGGGAGGCCUCUGGCAGCCAUUUUUACAGGUCUAGCUACCGUGCAGAAAGUGGGAGGACGGCAUUGUGUUCAGAGGAGCUUUGCCUAGUGAUUACAUCUGUUCUAUCAGUUUUGCAUGUCUUUCACUCCAGUUACUGAAACUGUUCUAAAACCAGCCUUUUUCUUCUCC